AUGCAACUCAUGAUCGAAGGCAACUGGUAUAGCUGCGCAGCCCUCAAAGCAACAACAUCCGUGAAAAUAAUAGUACUGGAUGUGAAUGAUAAUGCUCCACAGUUCACUUCACCUACAAAAUAUUUUGUGCACGAAGGAAUGCCUCUGGGUACCAUAAUUGGCUCUGUGCAUGCGAUUGAUCCAGAUAUGGAUCACAAUGGGCAGCUGCAAUAUCGUAUAUUACCGUGGUCACAUCCCGAGGGCAUCUUCAUGAUCAAUCCAAUCAGAAAUCAAAUAGAUACUGUGGAACAAAAUGAAUUUCGAAUUCUAGUUGAAGCAACAGAUUAUGGCUUACCGAAGAGGUUAUCAUCAGCGACCUGGAUCACUGUUGUUGUACUUGGGGACAGUAAAAGACUGCCUACUUUGAAAAAAAUAUAUCAUGCAACAGUGCACGAAGGUGCACAAGUUGGGCAAAUUGUCACUCAGAUUAGCAACGUAAGUUCUUCGGCAGCUGCCGUUUUUGGCGUAAUGUUGAAGAUACAAGAGGCGCUUUUUUCCAUAUAUAAUUAUUAUACAAAUCAGCUUUUGGAAAUAUUGGGACGAAGAUGUAUUACUUAUCAUUGCUUCUCAGUGUCAAAAGUGCGUGUAAGAAUCGCACAGUGUACGUCGUAG